AUGCCGCCGCCGACGGGCGCUCCGCAUUCCCCGCCGGCUGCCGACGGCCGCAAGAAGCCGGCAGUCGCGACGUGGCGGGUGUGGUCGGAGGCGGACGAAGUCCGCAUCCUCGAGGGCCUCGCCGCGUACGCCGCGGCCCACGGCGCAGAGCCGCGCCGGUCCCAGCUCCGCGCCGCGCUCGACGGCUGCGGCCUGGACAAGUCCGAGUUCACCGUCACGGAGAUCUACGAGAAGGUGCGGCGGCUCCGUAUCAAGUACGCGAACCUGCGCUCCUCCGGGGGCGUGCCGGUGCCUGCAGGCGGCGAUGAGGCGCGCAAGUACGAGCUGUCGAUGGCGAUUUGGGGCGACCGGCCGCUCAAUGUCCCCAAGAAAGUAGGCGCAAGCCGUGCUACCAACGCCAGUGCCAAUACCAAUGCGGCGCCGCGGCCAGGCACACGCGUGCGCAGAGGGGUCGAGGAGCUGCAGGGCCUGUACCCCAGCCUUGCCUUGGCAGUUGAGGGGAUCACGGACGACGAGUCACUGCGGCCAAUGCUCAAGAGGGCCUUCCAACUUAUCAGCGACGAAAAAGCACGUGAAUUGGAUGCCAAAAUGAAGAAGCAGAUGGCUAAGGAGGUGCAGAUGACGUUGAACCAAAGUGCUUUGAGGAACCAGAAAGAUAUACUUUACAAAUCUAGGGGUCAACUUCACUCCUAUUUCCCCUUAAUACAUUAG